GACAGCUUGUUCUAAGAAUACAAAUAUGUAGCUUGGGUGUGUCUAGUUCACCACACCUCGACAGACUUCUUACAUGAGGAUUUGUAUUUUUUUUUUUGGGUGAAGCAUUACAUAAAGAUAAGAGAUUGACAAGAUUAUUUAGGUGUCGUUUUCAUUUAAUCAGGGCCAACGGCUAUUUCGUAGAUUAGUUAAACGCAGUAUGUUUCAGGCUCUGUUGACUCCACCUGCUGGUCUGAAAGCAUCUUGAACACUGAACGUCAUCGACCAAACCCUGGCUCUACAUUAGUUGAAGAAGCUGGAUCAGGGUGUCAACUCACGGGUUUUUAUUUAAACAGGAUUAUAUCGUCUGAUAUUUCUUUCUCCAAGCUUCGACAUCGACCGUAUAAAGUUUUCUGGAUUUCAGACAGCGCGUGGAGUUAAAGCAGCAUGUCAAGGUCAGAUUUCCCUCCGGGUUAUGAUGAAUCCCGGCUGCUCUCGAACCCUCAGCCUGGGGGAGGUUACCCCGCUUCUGCCCCUCCAUAUGGAUUCAACGCAUACGGGGGACAACCACCUUACCCACAGCCCAAUGAUCCUUACCGAGGACAGCCUGCGGCAUACCCGCCACCAAGUCUACCAGUCAUGCCUGUCAUUCCUACUGGUGUAGGUGACAAUGAAGGAUUUACCACAGCAGGAGAUUUCGAGAGUACAAGUGUCCGUCACAGUUUUAUACGGAAAGUUUACCUGAUCCUUGCUGCUCAGCUUUUUGUCACAGCUGCCAUUGUGGCUAUUUUCACAUUUGUGGAACCCGUAGGAGUGUUUGUGAGGAAAAACCCAGCCAUUUACUGGGUUUCAUAUGCUGUCUAUUUUGUCACACACAUCGUGCUGGUUUGCUGUCAGGGACCCAGGAGGCGUUUCCCAUGGAACCUGAUCCUGUUGGCUAUUUUUACACUGGCCUUAUCGUUCAUGACUGGAAAUAUAGCAAGUUAUUACAGUACUAGGGCAGUGUUCCUGGCCCUGGGCAUCACUGUUGUCGUGUGCGUUGCGGUGACAAUCUUCUGCUUUCAGACUAAGGUGGAUUUCACUAAAUGUGCGGGCUUUUUCUGCAUACUCGGAAUCGUGGUGUUUGUGACUGGCAUCAUUACGGCUAUCGUUCUGUCAUUCAAAUACGUCCCAUGGCUUCACAUGCUCUACGCAGGUAUAGGAGCCAUUGCAUUCACUCUGUUUCUGGCCUAUCAUACUCAACUGCUCAUCGGGAACAGGAAGCACUCCAUCGGCCCAGAGGAGUAUGUGUUUGCUGCCCUCUCCCUUUAUGUGGACAUUGUCCAGAUCUUCCUCUUCCUCCUGCAAAUUAUCGGAUUUGCGGAGAGAUAGAAGCUUGGACCUUUUCUGUGCUGUCAUAAUGGCUUUACUGUUUAUGCACUAUGCAGUGUCUUCUCAGUCAAUGCCCAACUAAUAUAUACUCAAACUUGUAAAAUAUAGCUAGCAUUAUACUCAUCAAACAAAUGGUAAGGGAUGAAUAUAAUUUCCACGACUAAUUAUUGGCGAUUUCCAUGAUUAAGUAACCAUAUGCAUACAUUCUGAUAAAAUAUGAGUGAGCCAUUACUGUGUCCCCAUGUCAUGGUAAUGGCAGCUCACUUGUAUUAUGCAAAUUUCUACUGUAUCGACAUACAUUUGCUGUAUUUGCUAUCGAUAUUAAAUGGGUGUGAUGCAUUUUGGAAAAGGGUACAGGUUUUUUGCUGUGUACAUACAAUCUAAGUGUAUUUCAGUUUAUUAAUUUAGAGUAUUUAUCUCAGACAUCUUUAUAUACAGUAUAAAUCUAUAUCAUACAUUUUUUGCCUUAGCUUUGGGAAAUGUCUUCGCUUGAUGAAUUUGAUACUACAUAAAUGUCACAGAUUGUGACGUACAGUGGUGCCUUUCCAUUUUUGAUUAGCGCCAAAGAUACUCUGUAAAUAAUGAAUCAUAAAAAGUGUUAUCUAAAUUUCUUUGUCAUACAUUAGAAUGAUAUAAACAAAGUAAACAUGUAUUUUUUUGUUACCAUGUUCUCAGACAACAAUGUGGCUGACGUUUGAUAUGUUGUUAUUACGAGAACGAUCAUAAUAAAAGGAACACGAGUAUUAUUCA